GGCGUAUUAGAUGCGUAUCCGGUAUUCUAGGACGGGCAUUGCACAUUGAGCGUGAUGGGCAAAUGGGUAUGGCGGGCAUGUCUCUCAUGUCUCAUGUCUCAUAUGUCUCAUCUGUUGUCUCUUCGCUGUCCAACCACGGGGCCCGGUUCAUCGCGUGAUGCUGUGCUCCCUUGCUUGAUGGGCCUUUGCUGGCAACACACACGGCGCUGCAACGGCCUCUGUUUGCAGACGCUCCUCGCCGCAGGAUUGUCUCUCGUGCACCGCCUGUUCCGCCGUGAAAGAAUCCCACACGGCGCCAGCGACCCGCGGAAGGGAGCGAGCCCCGAGACACGGUUUCAUCCGGGCAGACGCUGUGUGGACAAGCGACGGGCGUUUGGACGGGUCAUGAUGUGAGAAACGCAUAUCGCGGACGCCCCAGUCUCAGCGACGACGCUCUAACAUGCAAUGUUUGCUGGGCCAGAAUGGCGGUCAGCCCGGUAUUCCCAGCACCAAAGCACCCACGCACAGCGCCAGGCGCACCCACUAGACGCUGGCUGGACGCUGGCGAGACCGCUGGCUGGACGGAACAUGCAACAACAAGCCCUGCAUUGACGGUGCGGUGCUGAACGG